GUCCCACCAGCACCUCAGUUACUCACUACAACCUGUUGCUCAUUAUCAUCUCACAUACGGACAUACAGCACCAUCACCCCGGCAGUAGCUACAUCUGACAGCACACCCACACCUUCAUACCGACACCAGCACACAUUCCUUCAUUGGAUCACGCAUUGCUUAUGUAGAUAAUCAUGCGGGUCGAAUAAGUGGUGAAGGUGCAUGUGGUGUCUGGCAACGAAGCAGAGUCGCUGCCAUAAACAGAGGAACCGAGCGGAGUCAGGCACAGCAGUUCUUCUCUCCUUCCCCAGCAGUUGUUGAAGAUGGCCUGCACACGAGCAGUAGUGGUGGUGUUGGGGAGCCUCCUUGCUCUCAAGCAGACGGAGGUGGAGGCCGGGGUGGCACAUGCCCAGGUGUUCUCAUCCAGAAGUGGCGCAGCGCAGAGCCAAGUCACGGAACCAGACGGUACUAUUAAAGGGGAGUGUGCGUACUUAGAUCCUGAAGGAAACUCUGUCAAAAUCAGCUACAGACAAUCUCCGGGCGGCCAAAUUGAGGCGGAGUCAGACCCCCCUCAGCAGAACGCCGCCGCCGCCCUGGAAACCUGCAGGAGAGCCGCUGAUGCCGCUGCCAAGGUCGCUCAAGACUCUCUCCAGGAGACGCAGGAGCAGAUCUUCCGCCAGCAACAAGAACUCCAGCAGCAGAUCCUCCGUCAAAACCAAGCCUUCCAGCAAGCCUUCCAGUUCCCCAAGUUCUUCGCUUUCCCACCGCAGUUCCCUUUCCAUAAUUUCUAAGGGACUCACGCUCCUUCCUCCGCCCACUCCUUCGCCAGUAGCUUGUUGCCUCACGCAUGAAGGAGUAACUGAAACAGAGAAGUUUGUGCUCGUAAAGAUACAUAAAACAAAUCCUUUACUGAUGGCGGUAUUCUUUACAUGGUAACCAGAUGGAGUGCUUUAUAAUUCAAAUAGGUAUUAUUACACAUUACGUUGUGGUUGUAUUGUCAAGGUUCAAUAUAUCUACUUAGGUGCAUCAUAUUAGCCAGUGUAAGCGUACACAUGAUACAGAUGUCAAUGUAAGCUCUCUAGAGUUUCAAAAGCCUAAGAUGUCUAUGCUUUGAGUAUGUAUCUUGUAUCAGUUUACACUGGAUCUUGCAGAGGCUGUGCGUCUUUACUGUGUUUUGUAUGCGUCCUCUAAAUCUCUUUUAUCAUAAAGAAAACGUUGCAUUUCGUGUGUAGUUAUUGUCUUUUGUUAUACUUCCUCUUGCUCUUUGAAAAGUUACAUUUCUUGAGUAUUUAUUCUGCCUAAUUACACGUUCUUUACAUUUUGAAAUGUAAGUUUUGAUUACCUAUGGUAGUUUACACUAUUUAUCCUAUCUGGAUUCUUAAGAAGCUGUUUCUCCAAACUAUCAACUCUGUUAUCUCACUCUUAAAUCUUUUUUUCUUUAUUUAUAAGAGAAUGCAAAUCUUGAAUAGCUAUUCUAAUUAAUGUUAUUUGAACCCUUUUCGUUGUAUGACAAGUAUUCCCAGCUUGCCAUCUUUGGUUCUUUAAGGUGUAUGCUCCUUGCAACUAUCUGAUCUUAUAGUUACUCCAUGUUCGGUGGAUUCCCUGCAUUCCACGAAUACCCUCCUCACCAUGGCAUUAGUACUGCAUGUUGCACUAUGGGAGCAACAAUUAGUAAUACAUUGACUGAUUGACUUCAAUGUGACUCAACAAAGGAGUCCCAUGGAGCUGGUACUACAGUGGGAGCCACAAAAUAAUAAAACAAGCACACAUGUAACAUUUCCAAGACGAGAGAGAGAGAGAGAGAGAGAGAGAGAGAGAGAAUUGUUUUACAUUCUUAUUCUUACCCCUAAAUAAAACAAGACAAUAAUAAUACCUUUCUUCUUUCGUUAAUCUAACUUUACUGUAUAUGCAAGAACGGUCUUCCGAGAGCACUGGAGUUACACUGUUAGAGUAUUCGUGACAUUGGGAUGUAAUUGGAGGUCUGGUAACAUAAAAUAACUUUAGAAGUGAACGUAGUAAAUCUGAAGGUUUUCCAAGACUACUCUUGUAAGAUGUUAUGAUAUAGACUAAUGAGAGAAAUACGACACAAUCCAGUGUAUUGUCUUAAUCAUUAUGUGUUUAAUUAUAAAGUCAGUUAAAAAUAAUCUAUGUUCAUAAUGUAUAAAUGAUUCAUAAUUUCAGUAACAUUUCUUUUAGAUUUUUUUUUUUCAUGAAGCUUAAAAAAUCAGUAACUUUGGUAAUAUUUUUUUUUUAGUUGAUACUUCAAUAAUUUCCUUAUCUAAGUAAAUGCCGUGUGACGUAAGAAUUUUCUUAAUGUUAUUCAUGAUGGGUUGACAAAAGGUUCGGCUCUGCCUAAGUGCGUGUGUGUGCGGUGAUGAUGAUGCAGUGGAUAUUACAGGAAGUGGACAGACAAAGCUAUUAAGAGUUAAGAUUGAGCUUCAAGUGUGGUGUGAGUUGAUAUCAAAAUUGUUGCAUUGUAUCUGUUUGAUUACACGUUCAUUACUGCA